AUGUCUGUGGAACAACCCGAGCAGCAAAUAAGUGGACUUCUGGAGCAGCUGUACCACAGUUCCAACGUGUCCGCAGAGCGUGAAACCAUUAUGAACCUGUCGAACGUCGUCAGGCAAGGAGGCGCAGAGUUUCUGCUUGACGUCGUCAAAACCAAUUUGAAGAGUGGAGUGCCCGAAAAGCAGGAGGCAAGUAUGACCAUUCUGGACGAGGUGACUCUCAACUGUGGUCCGUCGUUUGCUGUCAUGCUUUCCUCACAAAAGUGGAUGGAUCGCCUUAUCAAGUUGGCUAAGGCAGGGCCGCCACAAGUAACUACCAAGAUAAUUUCUACUGUCAUUGGGUGGCAAAAGCGGUACCACACUGUUUCCUUUGCCCAGUGCAUCAAGAAGCUGUCUCAGAGCAAAACUACGGGUGAGGCGUGCAAGCAGGCACUGCGUCAGGCAGGGGAUGAUGGUACCGGGUCCUCACUGGGUUACGACGCGAGUUCUCCUGCUUCUCUGCGUUCGACAGGAGUAACCGACAGCCGGAAAAGUAAGAAGUGCGAUGCCGUGUUGGCCGAGCUUCAGAGUGACCUUGUUUCUCUGGAGUACUCCCUUGAGAACCCCAAGUUUGUCCAGGAUGAUGCCAUUGCAAGGGAGUGCAAGAAUCACAAGAUGAAGUGCAUGCAAAUGUUGGAAUCAGGAAGCUAUGAAAGCAUUGCAUCUGAUCUUAUGCAGUUGAUUGAGCGCUUUUCCCGCGCUCUCGAGCUCUACGAAUGCAUGACAGGCGUUGAUUUGGGUGAGGGUGAAGCGGCAAGGUCGCGGGCUCUGACGAGGGGUAAGGAUAAUGGCGGUGACAGUGAUGACGAGUACUCGAAACAACUCCGUGCUCGCGUUGCGCCUAAAAAUGCCCAACAAGUUAUGCUUCAGGCUCAGGAAGCUACACAGCAGCUCGUGGAGAAGGAGCGUCAUGAAACGAUGCAGCUGCGUACUCAGCUUGAGGAAAUGCGCCGUAAGUACGAAGACAUGCAUAACAAGUACAAGGAUGCUAAGGCAAGAAAUAAAGAAGCGGUGGGUGCCUUGCAGGAGUAUGCUAAACGCAUAGAGGUGCUCGAGAAAAGCGGGGGCGGCGCCGCAGCCGCCGCUGCCGCACUGCCACCACCACCGCCUAUUUCUGAAGAGAAAGACAAAGGAAAAGAUAAAUCGGGACCUGCCCUUAAUGUGGGGCCAAUAGCAACGGCCAUGAGGGACACUGUGCAGGUUUUACGGCAGUCGCUGCGUGAGGUGCGGGAGCAGUACGUAAGCGAUAUCCAAAAGGAAAGCGCAUAUUACUCCUCUCAGCUCACUAGUGCUAUUGCUUCGAUUGCCGCUGCUGCCGAAAAGGAUCGCGGUUCUAACAGCCAACUGUUGGUUCGCACCCAGGAGUUGUAUAAGAGGGAAAUGAAGCUGCGUAAGCAGUACUACAACCAGAUUCAGGAGUUGAAAGGCAACAUUCGUGUGUAUUGCCGUGUUCGUCCCCUGCUACCAAGGGAAGUUGCUGCUGGCCAUACGAAUAUUAUGGACUUCCCCUCUGCCGACGAGAUCAGGGUCAACGAUCCCGCUGGCCGGCAGAAGGUUUACGAGUUUGAUGAAGUGUACCCGCCGCAUGCACCCCAGGCCCGUGUCUUUGAAGACACGUCGCCUCUCAUUGACAGCGUUGUGGAUGGCUACAAUGUUUGCAUCUUUGCCUACGGCCAAACGGGAAGUGGCAAGACCCAUACAAUGGGUGGGUACGGGGAAGACAGAGGUAUCAACACCCGUGCCUUGCAGCGACUGUUUGAGAUCAUUGACGAACGUAAGGACACUGAUGAAUCUACCGUUACCGUCUCUGUGCUUGAAAUCUAUUGCGAGAUGAUCCGAGACCUACUGGUUCCGAAGGAGAAGUCCAAGUCCACGACUUAUGAGGUGAAGCAGGGUGGCCAGUUCGGUACCUAUGUGACAAACCUUUCCGAAGUUCCCGUUCAGUGCGCUGACGAAAUUACAAAGAUUAUGGAGAACGCAAACAAAAACCGCAGUGAGGGCCAGACGAAUAUGAAUGAACACUCUUCCCGAUCCCAUAUGGUUUUGUAUAUCACUGUCCGAACAACGAACAAGGAAACCAAUAUGCAGUGCUUUGGUAAGCUCUCGCUUAUUGACUUGGCGGGAAGUGAGCGUCUCGACAAGACAGGUGCAGAGGGACAGAUGUUGAAGGAGGCUGUGGCUAUCAACAAGUCGCUAUCGUCGCUGGGAGAUGUCAUCUCCGGGCUGGCGCAGAACAGCAAGCACAUCCCAUUCCGUAACUCCGUGCUGACGUACUUGCUGCAAGACUCCAUGGGUGGACAGGCCAAAGUUUUGAUGUUUGUCUGCGUCAACCCUGCAAGUUACAACGCCAGUGAAAGUAACAGUUCGCUUCAAUUUGCCUCUCGCGCUCGUGGCGUAUCUCUUGGCCAGAUCAAGAAGAAUCCAUAA